AUGUCCGUCGCGUCCACGAGCGCGGCGGCGAAGGGGCGAACGCUCGUGUGGUUUCGAAAAGCGCUGCGAGUGCACGACAAUCCGGCGUUGUCGCGGGGAACUCUGCACGCGACGGCGUGCCAACCGGUGUUCGUGCUCGAUCCGUGGUUUUGUCAACCCUCCAGAGUCGGGGCGAACCGGAUGCGUUUCUUGUUGCAGUCGUUGAGAGAUUUGGACGCGCAGCUCCGCGCGCGCGGGAGUUCGUUGUUGGUCUUACACGGCGAACCGAGAGUGGUCUUACCUCGUGCGUGUAAGAAGUGGCGCGUGGAUUCGGUGACGUGGGAGCAUGAUAUCGAACCGUACGCGAAGAUCAGAGACGCGGCGGUGCGAGGGGCGCUGGAGAGAGCGGGUGUGGAGUGUCACGCGGCGAGCGGACACACGCUGUACGACGUGGACGAAAUGUUGGAGAAAUGUAAGGGGGCGCCGCCGACGACGUAUCAGGGAUUCUUCAAGAUUGUAGAUAAGAUGGGCGCACCGAAUGCACCUAUAGAUGCCAUGGAGAAGAUGCCCGGGUCGUUCGCGUCGAGCGAUGAAGAGACCAAGGCGCUCGUGCAGGGCGUCGCUGACGCGUACGGCAUUCCGACGCUGGAGGAUCUGGGAUACGAGCCGCUGGGCGACGACGAGGGAUUCCCAGGCGUCGGCGGCGAGACGGAGGGUUUGCGUCGUCUUCGCUUGAUGCUCGCUCGUAAAGAAUGGAUCGGUCAAUUUGAAAAGCCGAGCACAAAUCCCACGACGCGUUUCCACGGUUUGUCGCAAUCCGGCAAGACGAAACCGAAGAGUCCGUUUGAAAUCGCCGCCGGCCGCUCGAAAGAUGGCGACGCGUCGACGAGUGGCGCAGAGGCGCUGAUGAUUCCAUCCACGACCGCGCUCAGUCCGUACAUGAAGUUCGGGUGCGUCUCCCCGCGAGUGUUCUACCACGAGCUCACCGCGGUGUACAAGGAAUUGGAGGGAAAGCACUCGAAACCGCCGACGAGUCUCAUGGGUCAGUUGAUGUGGCGUGAGUUCUACUACCUCGUCGCCGCGGGAACGAAGAACUUUGAUAAGAUGGAGGGUAACGCGAUAUGCCGACAGAUACCGUGGAAAAAAGACCGCGAGCUCUUCGCCGCGUGGGAGAACGCCCAGACGGGUUUCCCUUGGAUCGACGCCGCGAUGACGCAACUUCGACGAGAGGGAUGGCUCCAUCACCUCGCCCGUCACGCCGUCGCGUGCUUCCUCACCCGAGGCGAUCUAUUCAUCCACUGGGAGUGGGGUCGCGACGCGUUCGAUCGCGAUCUCGUGGAUGCGGACUGGGCGCUGAACAACGGCAACUGGAUGUGGCUCUCGUGUUCCGCCUUCUUCUACCAGUACUUCCGCGUGUACUCCCCGAUCGCUUUCGCGAAGAAGUACGACAAGGACGGCCAGUACGUCAGGCACUACUUACCGGUACUGAAAAACAUGCCCUCAAAGUACGUCUACGAACCCUGGCUCGCCCCCCUCGACGUGCAGAAGAAAGCCGGGUGCGUCGUCGGCGUCGACUACCCGGCGCCAAUCGUGGACCACUCCGCGGCGAGCAAGCGGUGCGUCGACGACAUCGCCACCGCGUACGCCGCUCACAAGGACGCCAACGCCGUGGCCGGGAAGAAGCGCAAGGCGAGUGAUUGA